AUGUCUCAUACUCUGGACAAAUCAUUCCCCCAUCUGAAACAUAAAGAGAGCAAGGCAGAAGACAAUAUUUCCACGGUUACAGAGUUCAUCCUGCUAGGAUUCUCUGAUCUUCCAGAUCUCCAAGGCUUCCUGUCUGCAUUGUUCACCAUCAUUUACAUUAUUAUUGUAAUUGGAAAUUGUCUCAUAAUAAUAGUAACUGUGCUUGACCCUGCACUGAGGAAACCCAUGUAUUUUUUUCUAGCACAUUUUUCUUCUUUGGAAAUCUGUUAUGUAUCAGUUACUGUCCCAAGGAUUCUGUUCAACAUUUGGACUCAGAAUAGAAGCAUUUCCAUGAUGUCCUGUGCAGCCCAAAUGUGUUCUUUCUUCAUAUUGGGAACUAAUGAAAGUUUCCUCCUGGCUGUGAUGUCCUAUGACCGCUAUGUGGCCAUCUGCAAGCCUCUGCACUAUCCUCUGGUCAUGAACUCAACAAGGUGCAUUCAUCUGGCAGCAGGCUCCUGGCUCAGUGGCAUUCCAAUCCAGAUAGGGCAAACCUGUGAGAUAUUCUCUCUGCACUUCUGCAAUUCUAAUAGAAUAGACCACUUCUUCUGUGACAUACCCCCCAUUCUCAAACUGGGCUGUGGGGACACUUCAGUGCAUGAGCUGUCUGUCUAUCUAGUUGUUAUGGUGGUGGCUGCCAUCCCUUUCAUCCUGGUGCUUACUUCUUACGGCAGAAUUAUAGCCACCAUCCUGAGGUUGCCAACAGCCAAAGGACAGGGUAAAGCUUUCUCCACAUGUUCUUCCCACCUGCUGGUGGUGGUUAUGUUUUAUGGGUCUGGUGCCAUUACUUACUUAAGACCCAAAUCCACUCAUUCUCCAGGUACUGAAAAACUGCUCUCUCUGUUCUACACCAUUGUGACCCCCAUGUUCAACCCCAUGAUAUACAGCCUUAGGAACAAGGAAGUUAUUGCAUCAUUGAGAAGGUUAAUUCUUCAACAUUAG